AUGCCGCCGGAACGCAUUGGAAGCGUCAGAGUGCUUUCAUGCAGCACGACUGCGAAGCUGCUUCCCUCUGUCGAGGAUGGUGGCGAAUCUUCGGUGCUGAGUUUUUACAUUCGUUCAGAUGUAGAGUCUCUGACAUUGUCUGCAGAACAUGGGAUUGUUGGCGACUGUCGUGCCACUCCUAGCCAUCAAACUCGACAGCGAGACAUUCUUUUUUCACAUCCCCAGCAGCUGCGAGAAGUCGGCAACAUCCCAACCAACAAAACCCUACAAGCUGGCAGCGCAGAGAAGCCAUGUGACAUCGGGCAGAAUGUCACUCUGGCAGUGGAUGAUCCCUGUGUUUCGACCUGGUGCGUGGGUGAUCUGAUCCAGCUAGGCGCACCCGGGAACGCCGCGCUCAUUCGAGUUACUAGCACGAGACGCCCUUGCCCUAAAAACAGCAAUGUGCACGGCGAAGGAACGCAGCAGCAUAUGCAGAGGCAUGGACUGGGUGGUGUCUUCGGCAUGAUCGUCCGCGAUGGCACCGUCCGCUUGCAAGAUGCGGUGGUGCUGGCGGAGCGUCUGCAGAGUAAGUGGACGUGCGUCCAGGUGCACAUCGCGCUUUACGGGUGUACAGCGGAACGGACGGCCCCCAGCGAGCUGCACGAGAUCAUCGGCUUGGGGUACCUGGAGGAGCCUCGGUACAAGGAUGUCGCAAAAAAGCGCUUAAAGGAGAUGGAAGCGACGGCUUCUGGGAGCCGAUGGCAGUGGGAGCCCAUCGUCCUGUUGGUACUGUCUGUGAUAGUUGUUCAAGUAUACCGCCAUUGCAACAGCAGGAGGGGCUAG